UGCAGCGCUGACGCUAUGUUGUCGUGUUGUGAUGCUAACAGGGCGGAUUCUGCACAGGCUGUUUCCUCCCGGGUUUGCUCCAGAGGCUAAGUUUGGACGAGCUGGUGCAAAGGAAGAAACUUAAGUAGCUUCUCUCGGCCCCUAGUGUGGCAUGAAAACAAUGCUCGGAGCUUGCAGAUGUUCCCCCGAAGCUGUUGACGAGUUGACAGAGGAAAGCUACACAAUCCACAGAAGAUAACGACUCUCGACAGCCUGUUGCCGUCAUGUCGGCGGCCCCAGCCCCGGCUCCUCCGCAGGCCGUGAACCCUCCGCCUCCCGACGUGAUCAACCCCAACAAGUCCGGCCGCAGGACCAACCAGCUGCAGUACAUGCACAACAUCGUGGUCAAGUCCCUGUGGCGUCACCAGUUUGCCUGGCCUUUCUACCAGCCUGUCGACGCCAUCGCCCUUGGACUUCCAGAUUAUCAUAAGAUCAUCACAACUCCCAUGGACCUGGGAACCAUCAAGAAACGUCUUGAGAACAACUACUACGCGAGUGCAAGUGAAUGUAUGGAAGACUUUAACACCAUGUUCACCAACUGCUACAUAUAUAACAAGCCGACAGACGACAUCGUGCUGAUGGCCCUCGCCGUGGAGAAGACCUUCCUGCAGAAAGUGGCCCAGAUGCCUCAGGCGGAACUGGAGAUUUCCCCUUUCGCAGCCAAAGGGAAGAGCAAAAAAGGAAGCACCCCAGGUGGACAGGAUGGAUCUCCGCCCACAGGUCCUCCAACUCAAAAGAAAAUGCUGAAAAGGAAGGACACGGCUUCCACUGACUCGUCCUCACCGGUCUUGACCCAUUCAGGGGAUUCAUCGGAGAGCAAGAGGCGACGUCAAAGCCAAGAUGUCAAUCCUUCCAAGAGCGACUUGGAUGAGAAGGAGUCGCCGCAGCAGCAGAGCGAGCAGUCGGGCAAACACCUCAAGUAUUGCAGCGAUAUCCUGAAGGAAAUGCUCUCGAAAAAACACACGGCCUUCGCCUGGCCUUUCUACAAACCUGUCGACGCCGAAGCUCUGCAGCUGGACGACUACCACGACAUCAUCAAGUACCCCAUGGACCUCAGCACUGUUAAAAAAAAAGUGGAUGGAGGAGAGUACCAGGAUGCUCAAGGUUUCGCUGCAGAUGUCAGGUUAAUAUUUUCCAACUGCUACAAAUACAACCCCCCCGAUCAUGACGUGGUCGCCAGAGCCAAAAAACUACAGGACCUGUUCGAGACGAGGUUUGCUAAGAUGCCGGACGAAACCGUGGAGUUGUUUUCAGCGGCGAGCGCCAAGUCCGCUAGGAACGCCGGUUUAAGUCAGAGCAGCGGGAACCCUUCCUCCAGCAAGGACACGUCGGACUCUGAAGAGGAGCGCGCCACAAGACUCGCCGAGCUGCAGGAGCAAGUGGGGGCAGAACAGCUCAAAGCUGUUCAUGACCAGCUCGCUGCCUUCUCUGAGGUGCCUGUGAUUAAACCAAAGAAUAAAACAGAGAGAAACAAUGAAAAGGACAGCAGGGGGAAUAAAGGGAGUGCACAUUCCAACAAGAGUGCUUCACAUUCCAGCUCCAGGCACUUGUGGAAGGGCAACAAGGACUGCGACUCGGACGAGGAGUCUCUGCCGAUGACGUACGACGAGAAGCACCAGCUGAGCCUGGACAUCAACCGGUUGCCGGGCACCAAGCUGGCCCGGGUGGUGCACAUCAUUCAGAGCCGGGAGCCGUCGAUGUGCGACGCCAACCCGUACGAGAUCGAGAUCGACUUCGAGGUGCUGAAGCCGUCGACCCUGAGGAAGCUGGAGUGCUUCGUCAAGUCCUGCCUGUACCAGAAGUUUAAGAAGUUUCAAAAGAAAAGCGGUCGAGCUGCGUCCCACCACGUCGGCAGCAGCAGCUCUUCGGACUCUGGCUCCAGCAGCUCCAGCGGCUCCACCUCCGACAGCAGCGACUCCUGACAGCUGAACUCUUUAUUUAUUUCUUCUUCUGCGACCAAAUGAGAGUCCCUCAAAAGUGUUGAACACCUUUAUUUUUGUAUUUGUUUCAUGUUCGCUGUGUUGGAAAUUUUAAACUUCCCUCUUCGUUGUUUUUUUUUUUUUCGGGGUCAGUGUGGGCUUUUCUCGUUCUCUGUAUUUAUGUUUCAAAUACUCUUCACUGGCAUUUCUCAUCCGACGCUAUGAACCACAGGAAAGCCUGGCAGCGUACGUCCCGAUAUCUGGAUUUAAAACCAACAUCUUGUUCCUGUCAUCUGUUCUGUCCAAACUGUUUAAUUAAAGGGUUUUUUCUGCCGA